UUCAGCGGCCGGGGCGGGGAGUCGGGCGAAGAGCAGAGAGAGUGGAGCGAUGCGGCGGGGCGAGGAGCGGCGGGAUAGCCGGCGGCCAUAGACAAGUCCAGCGGCCUCCCCGGACACUCCUGACAGGACUGUCUGCAGAACUAUGUACCUCUGGACAAGCGGCUUUACAUUACAGUGCCUCUCCCCUUCAUGCUGAAUAUUUAAAUUAGACUUUUAAUAUCGCACCAGCUGCUCGGCAGACACAUGGUGAAUUGCUGUCAUUCCCAGGAUUGCAUCUCUGACGGCCAAGCCCUCCGCAAGCUUUUUCACACAAGCGACGUCCACGAGGAAGUAGCGGCUGACUGAUCCCCCCCCUGAUAACCCCCCCCUCUCUCCUCCACCACUGCCUUUUACCUCCUAGCGUGUGCUACGUCGCCCCCUAGCCAUGGAGCAGGGAAUGGAAUACUGGUUUACUCAGAUCCAGAACAAGGAUGUAGGAAAACGGCUUCAGGUGGGACCGGACCUGAUAGAAUACCUGUCUGAUAGACAGAAAUGUGUGGAUCUAGAACAGGACCAGACUCUGCUGGAUAAAAUGGUGGAUGCACUGGCUACGUCCUGGGUGAAUUCUAGCAAUUACAAGGUUGCGUUGCUGGGAAUGGAUAUUUUAUCAGCUUUAGUUACACGGUUGCAAGAUCGCUUCAGAUCCCAGAUCGGUACAGUCCUGCCAAAUCUGAUCGAUCGAUUGGGUGACGCAAAAGAUUCAGUCCGAGAACAAGAUCAGGCCCUGCUGCUGAAGAUAAUGGAGCUGUCGUGCAUCCCGCAGUAUGUCUGGGAUCGCAUGCUGGGAGGCUUCAAGCACAAGAACUUCCGCACCCGUGAAGGGGUCUGUCUCGUCCUUAUAGCAACUCUUAACAUAUACGGCGCCAACAGCCUGACUCUGAGUAAGUUUGUGCCUCAUAUAUGUAACCUGCUCGGGGACCCCAACAGUCAGGUGCGGGAUGCAGCAAUAAAUUGCCUGGUGGAAAUCUACAGACAUGUGGGAGAACGCGUUCGCACCGACCUCAGCAAAAAAGGGCUUCCCCAAUCUCGAUUGAAUGUCAUUUUCGCCAAAUUCGACGAAGUGCAGAAAUCCGGGGCUAUGAUCCAGUCAGCGUCGGAUAAAAACUUUGAUGAUGAGGAUUCAGUUGAUGGAAACAGACCUUCAUCAACGAGCUCUACUGCGUCAUCCAAAGCGCCUCCCUCUGCCCGCAAACCGGUAGUCAUGGGGACGGCUCGGAGACCGGGACCAUCUGCAGUGGCCGCCAAGCCAGGAGGAGCAGCAAAGGAAGGUGGUGCUGGGGGUUUAGAUGAGGAGGACUUUAUCAGAGCGUUUGAAGAUGUUCCAACAGUACAGAUCUAUUCCGGUAGGGAUCUGGAGGAAUCCCUGAAUAAAAUUCGGGAAAUACUUUCCGAUGAUAAGCAUGACUGGGAGCAGAGGAUUACUGCGCUCAGAAAGGUCCGCUCCCUUCUCGUUGCCGGUGCUGCAGACUACGACAAUUUCUUCCAGCACCUGCGGCUGCUCGAUGGCGCCUUCAAGCUCUCCACAAAGGACCUGCGUUCCCAAGUGGUGCGAGAAGCCUGCAUUACCCUGGGACACCUUUCAAUGAUUUUGGGGAACAAAUUUGACCAUGGAGCAGAAGCGAUCAUGCCCACCGUUUUCAAUCUCGUGCCGAACAGUGCCAAAAUUAUGGCUUCUUCUGGUGUGGUGACUAUUCGCUUAAUUAUCCGUCAUACACAUGUCCCGAGGCUCAUACCGAUCAUUACAAGUAACUGCACCUCCAAGUCCGUGGCUGUGCGAAGGCGCUGCUAUGAGUUCCUGGAACUUCUCCUACAAGAAUGGCAGACUCAUUCACUUGAAAGGCACAUAUCAGUGUUAGCGGAAACCAUCAAGAAAGGAAUCCAUGACGCAGAUUCAGAAGCGAGGAUCGUCGCACGAAAGUGUUAUUGGGGAUUCCACAGUCAUUUCAGCAGGGAAGCGGAGCAUUUGUUCAACGGGCUGGAGUCGUCCUAUCAGAAGGCCCUGCAGUCACAUCUCAAGAGUUCGGACAGCAUCGUCUCCCUCCCCCAAUCUGACCGUUCCUCCUCCAGCUCACAGGAGAGCUUAAAUCGCCCCUUAUCGGCUAAAAGAAGCCCGCCGGGGAGCGCUGCAUCCAGAGUUUCUGCCACACCGAAGACUUCGGCCACCCCCGGCUCCUUGCAGCGCUCGCGCAGCGACAUCGAUGUAAAUGCGGCAGCCACUUCCAAGUCCAAAGUGGCAGGUUCAGCUGCUGCUCCAUUCAGCUCUGCGGCUGCCUUACCCCCCGGGUCUUACGCAUCACUCGAUGGUCCCGCCGCUAAGUCUGAUGGUCGUAUCCGCACAAGGAGACAGAGUUCCGGGAGUAACAGCAGCAUCACUUCGGCCCAAGUUGACACCCGCGGUCGUAGCAGAGCCAAAAUUGUAUCCCAGUCCCAGCGAUCCAGAUCAGCGAAUCCGGCCAGCGCUGGCAGCAGAUCCAACUCUCCUGGGAAGUUGCUGGGAAGUGGAUACAGCAGCCUGGCUACCAGCGCUCAGAGGGUCCCACAGGUCCCUUCCACCGACAAGAGGAGCAAGAUUCCCCGAAGUCAAGGGUGCAGCCGAGAGACCAGCCCAAGCAGGAUAGGAGGACUGGCCCGGAGCAGCCGCAUUCCCCGACCCAGCAUGAGUCAGGGGUGCAGCCGCGACACCAGCCGCGAGAGCAGCCGUGACACAAGUCCCGCCAGGGGCUUUGCACCUCUCGCCUCUCGACGUCAUUCCAGGUCCACUAGUGCGCUCUCCACUUCCGAGUCUGUGGGGCAGUCAGAUCGCUAUGGAAUAAGCCAGUCAGGAAAAUAUCCGUCCUCCAUGAACGCCAUGCGGGUUCUCAGCUCCAGUACGGACCUUGAAGCCGCGGUGGCAGACGCUCUGCUGCUGGGAGACCCCAGGAAUAAGAAAAAGCAAGUGAGAAGGCGCUACGAGCCGUACGGGAUGUAUUCUGAUGACGACGCCAACAGCGACGCCUCCAGCGCGUGCUCGGAAAGGUCCUACGGAUCUCGGAAUGGCGGGAUUCCGCACUACCUGCGGCAAACCGAGGACGUGGCCGAGGUCCUUAAUCACUGCGCUAGUUCCAAUUGGUCAGAGAGGAAGGAGGGGCUUAUCGGUCUACAAAACCUUUUAAAAAGUCAGCGGACGCUCAGCCGGGUGGAGCUGAAACGAUUGUGUGAGAUAUUCACGCGGAUGUUUGCCGAUCCACACAGCAAGAGAGUGUUCAGCAUGUUUCUGGAAACCCUGGUGGAUUUCGUUAUCAUUCACAAGGACGACCUGCAGGACUGGUUGUUCAUUUUACUGACCCAACUUUUGAAGAAGAUGGGGGCUGACCUGCUGGGUUCUGUGCAGGCCAAAGUACAGAAAGCCCUCGACGUGACAAGGGAUUCCUUCCCUUUCGAUCAACAAUUUAACAUUUUGAUGAGAUUCAUCGUUGAUCAGACACAGACGCCGAACCUCAAGGUGAAAGUUGCCAUUUUGAAGUACAUUGAGUCGCUGGCCCGGCAGAUGGACCCCACAGACUUUGUGAACUCCAGUGAGACGCGAUUAGCGGUCUCUCGGAUAAUCACAUGGACGACCGAACCAAAGAGCUCAGAUGUGAGGAAGGCGGCACAGAUCGUCCUCAUCUCUCUGUUUGAACUGAACACGCCGGAGUUCACCAUGUUACUGGGUGCUUUGCCAAAAACAUUCCAGGAUGGAGCAACCAAACUACUCCACAAUCAUCUGAAGAACUCCAGCAACAGCAGUGUGGGAUCGCCAAGCAAUACCAUGGGCAGAACUCCUUCCCGACACUCGAGCAGCAGGUCAAGUCCUUUAACCUCCCCCACCAACUGUUCCCAUGGAGGCCUGUCCCCGAGCCUUCUAGAUUAUGACACCGAAAACCUGAAUUCUGAUGAGAUUUAUAGUUCGCUCCGCGGCGUCACCGAAGCCAUCGAGAAAUUCAGCUUCCGCAGCCAAGAGGACUUAAAUGAGCCGGUUAAGCGGGACGGAAGGAAGGAUGACUUGGUCUCCCGAGAAGCUGGAAUGGCCUCUCCUGUCGGCGAUCACCGCGGAGGAGAUGUUGUGGAAGGAGGACGGAUGGCUUUGGACAACAAAACCUCACUGCUGAACACACAACCACCUCGCGCUUUUACCGGUCCGCGCGGACGAGAGUACAGCCCUUACCCCUACUCGGACUCUAUAAAUAGUUAUGACAAGACCGCACUUAAGGAAGCCGUGUUCGAUGAUGACAUGGACCAGCUGCGUGACGUUUCUAUUGACCACUCUGACUUUGUGGCCGACCUGCUGAAAGAGCUGUCCAAUCACAAUGAGCGAGUGGAGGAGAGGAAAGGCGCCCUCUGUGAACUGCUGAAGAUUACUAGAGAAGACAACCUCGGUGUUUGGGAGGAACACUUCAAGACUAUUCUCCUCCUUCUCCUCGAGACUUUAGGAGAUAAAGAUCAUGCAAUUCGAGCUCUUGCAUUACGAGUACUCCGGGAAAUCCUGAGGAACCAGCCAGCCAGAUUUAAAAAUUACGCCGAGCUGACAAUCAUGAAGACUCUGGAGGCGCACAAGGAUUCCCAUAAAGAGGUUGUCAGGGCUGCCGAAGAAGCGGCCUCCACCCUAGCAAGCUCCAUACACCCCGAGCAAUGCAUCAAAGUCCUCUGUCCCAUCAUCCAGACUGCCGACUAUCCCAUCAAUCUGGCUGCCAUCAAGAUGCAAACUAAAGUCAUUGAGAGGAUUUCCAAGGAGUCGCUGCAUCAGAUCUUGCAGGACAUUAUUCCCGGGUUGUUACAGGGCUACGAUAAUACGGAGAGCAGCGUCCGCAAAGCAAGCGUCUUCUGUCUUGUCGCGAUUUAUUCCGUCAUUGGAGAAGAGCUGAAACCGUAUCUUGCGCAGCUGACAGGCAGCAAGAUGAAACUUCUAAAUUUGUACAUAAAAAGAGCCCAGACGACGAACAGCAACAGCAGCUCUUCCUCGGAUGUCUCCACGCACAGUUAGUGGGCUGGGUCGUGUUCCUUUGGGGCGGCUUUAAAGAGAACGUCAGCAGAGGGCGUUCGCACGCGUGCCCGCACCUUCCACGCGGAGAGAGAGGAUGUGUCCAGUGGCGGGAACAUUUAAAAAUAUUAACACUAAUAUAAACGACAGCUUCAUCACUGGAGGCGGCCCGACGAGGCUUUUCAGAGAGCUCCAGAGCUGAAGGGGUUUUAUUAGUCAAAGAUUAAUGGUGUUUCUCUUGUCCAUUUGCUAGGAUUUCCUAAAACAAAAAUGUAAAAAAAAUAAAAUAAAGAAAAAAAACUGCCCCUGAUCCGAAAGCUGCGGGGUGAAGAAGCGAACAGCAGUGCCUCAUGCCUUUCUGCAACUGCACCUCCCAAUAUUUGUUGCAAUCAGUAUUUUAUUUUAAAAAAAAAAAUGUAUGUGAAUUGUUUUUCUUUUGUUUUGUUUUUUUUCUUUUGUUUUUUUUUUCUUUUGGAAUUGAAUGUAGAGGGAAAUUGUGACUCUAGUUGGUAAAGCAAAAAAAAAAAAUCUCCAAUAAAUGAAAGCCGUAUAAUUAGCAUUUUGGAAACACAUUGGCUUUAGAAUUUGCAGGUGGCCUAAAGUUUGCACUCUAAAUUCAGUUUUUUUUUUUCUCUUGUUUUGCUGUUUUUAUGUUGUAAAUAUUCAGCAAACUAAUUUUACAGCUGCUGGUAAUAUUAUCCCCUUUAGGAGGGACCCCUAGCUACACAGUGUUUAGCUACAUCCAUUAAAACUGUUUCACAUUCA